CACCGCUGCGGCGGCGACCCCGGGGCCCGGCUCCGAGCACGGCCAGCGCCCCUCCCGGGCCUGGAUUAUUUCCGAGUGACCGGCCUCCUUGCGGAGGUGCUUGCGGUGGACAUUAGGCGAGCCAGAGGGGCUUCUGGGAGGGAGCCCCGAGAAGGACCGAGGUGUCCACUGCAGAGCCGCGCGCUCGCAGCCCAGGAACUGAAAGGCUGAGGACGUGGUCACCGCUCACGAGAGCAGGAAUCUGCCCUUCCCCGAGGAGGAGACUAUGACCAACUUUGGGGAGACCUAAAUGGACAUUCUAUGCAGAAUCUCUAAGAGAGGAACUUUCAGGAACUGCUGUGUGGGCUUUCCCUGCUGGCUGAUUUUAGAAGAUGCAACAAGUCAGGACCUGUGAGUCAGGAUUGUAUUGUGAAUCUUCAAGGAGAAAUAUACAGGCAUCCUGAACUAGAUUCCUCUCAGAAGGGAGGAGAGAGGCACCUUGCCAUAUUUCUAGAAACAAGAAUCGUGUGGCGACUUGUGAAAGUGAUUCCACAAGCACUGAAAGUGAAAAGCACUUGUCUUUGAAGUCCCAAACCAAAUGUCCACACAAGACUGCUCUGUGAAGUUCUGUAAGAGCGAACCUCUGGGGAAUAAAGGUCUCCUUGUAAGUGACAAAAGAACGAAAAGAAAAGGAAUAAGGGAGAAAUCUCCUCCUGUGGACCACAGUUCAGAGAACCUUCAAGUUAAGCUUCCAUCUGAUGAAUCAGAAGCAGCGUCUCCAUUGUUUGGUGGCGAGGCAGCUUGCCAGAAUGGCCAGUCUAAAGGAUCUCUGGUUCUCUUUGGCUGUCACAGUGGAGACAUUUGUGGAUGGAAAUCACCGUUGGUUAGUUGCAGUCAUCAGAGAGCUCGCCCAGAGAAAUCCUGUAACUGUAAUGACUCUGAGGAAAUACCUGUCACCAGCCCAGGUGGUCACCUUUGCGAGGGAAUUCACACCGCUGAGAAACCGUACAAAUGGGGCCAGUGUGCUAAGGACUGCCGCCAGAACCCAGAACUGCUGCUUCAUCCGAGGGACCACGUGGAAAGCAAGCCCGACGGCUGCGGGCAGUGUGGGCAGGGCUUCCCCGGCAGCUCCAGCCUGCCCACCCACCAAGCAGGCCGCACCGAGGAGAAGCCGUACCAGUGCGACAAGUGUGGGAAGGGCUUCACCAGGAGCUCCAGCCUGCUCACCCACCACGCGGUGCACACGGGCGAGAAGCCUUACAAGUGUGACAGCUGCGGCAAGGGCUUCAGCCAGAGCUCAAAACUGCACCUCCACCAGCGAGUGCACACUGGGGAGAAGCCCUAUGCCUGCGGGGAGUGCGGCAUGAGCUUCAGUCAGAGGUCGAACCUGCACGUCCACCAGCGGGUCCAUACAGGAGAGAGGCCCUACAAGUGCGGGGACUGUGGCAAGGGCUUCAGCCAGAGCUCAAACUUGCACAUCCAUCGGUGCAUCCACACGGGCGAGAGGCCCUACCAGUGCUGUGAGUGCGGCAAGGGCUUCAGCCAGAGCUCCGACCUGCGCCUCCACCUCCGACUGCACACCGGGGAGAAGCCCUACCUCUGCGGCAAGUGCGGGAAGGCCUUCAGCCAGAGCUCCAAACUCCUCAUCCACCAGAGGGUGCACACCGGGGAGAAGCCCUAUGAGUGCGGCAAGUGCGGGAAGGCCUUCAGCCAGAGCUCCAACCUGCACAUCCACCAGCGGGUUCACAGGAAGGAGCCUCACUAAGCGCCAGGAGCCUGCCUAAGCGUUCUUUGGAAAGACUUGGAGGAUUUUCACAGUUGAGGAUUGGAUCAGUGGGAACAUGCUUGUCUGGCAUGCACGAAGCCCUGGGCUCAAGCCUCAGCACACCAAAAAAAAAAAAAAAAAAAAAAUCCGAUUUUGAUUUUUUU